AUUUUAGUAAAUUAAAAUUAACUAAAAACAUAAUGGAAGGAGUACUAAACGAUCUCGUAAAUUGGGGCAAUAAAGUCGACGAAGAAAAGAAAGAAAUAAAGGAAUAUCUACAAAACAUUAAAGAUAAUGUAGAACCAAAAGUGGGACAAUUACAACAGUGUCAAAAUUCAUGAGUUCAGCAGAUAAAAAAGAAUUCAAAAACGAUCAAGGAUGUGUUACAAGAAGUGGACUUAGCACGUAGAUUACGCGGAACUGCAGUGAGUCGUAUGGACAAGUUGAGUGAAGACAUCAACUCCCUUGCAUCACAAGUACACAGAAGGAUGGAUACUCUGGACGACAGAGUAAGGAAAGUCGAAGAGAGACUUAGUGCUUUAGAAUGGUCGACUGAUGCUCUUGAAAGCAAAGUGACUGAAGGAUUCAACAAAAUGACUGAAGGAUUCAACAGAAUGGAGCACCAAAUAGAUCAACUCGCUAAGAUGACAGCCAACAAGUUCCAGGGAAAUUCAUAAAGUUGCUAAUUAUUAGCUUCUGGAGAGGAUUGGAAAGU